AUGAACACCAACAAUGACCAGGGAGAGGACCAGCACAAACACAGUGAACCACGACGCGUGUGCAAGCAAAGAAGAUCAAUUUUAGCGCUCUCCGUUGAAGUUGUCGAGGCCCAAAUCGAUGACGAUAAUGAGAAGGCCGAUAAGAAGGAAAAUGAGGCUGGAACCGAUGGCGAGGCGGAAGGACUUUCUCAUGAGGAAAGAAAUUGUACUGAAAGAGUUCCCGUUGCUGUUAUCAAGGUCCUGGCCGAUGAAGAGACCCAGCUUAAUGAAAUGCUGCAGACUUUAAAGGCCGAACUACCCGUGAUGGAUGUUGAGACGAAAGGAUGUCCGUAUGUGCCAGGCACGUCCACUGAAGCAGUCCCUGUUGCAGUAAUAAAGGUACUGCCCGAUGAGAAGGCUAGGCUAACGGAAAUAAUGCAAAAGUUAAAGGCAGAUCUGCGCAUUACCAAGACAGAGAAUGAGGCAAAUGGAUGCCCGCAUGAACAAAAAAAGUUCAUUUUAGCAGUGCCCAUUGAGGUAAUAAAGGUCUUGACCGAUGACAAGGCUUUGAUAACUCCAAUUCUGCAGAACUUAAAAGCAGAGGUACCCAUUUUCGAUAAGGAUACCGGAGCGAAUGUCAAGUCAGAAGGAUGGCCCGGUGAGGAUCGAAAUUCCACUGGAAGAGUUCCUAUUGCAAUUGCUGAGGUCUUCACCGACGACGAGAACAAGGGGGCCAAUGCGGACGAUAAGGAAACUGGGAGGGAUAGCGUGACAGAAGGAUGCCUGCAUGAACAAAAACAGUUCAUUUUAACUGUUCCCCUUGCGGUUUUAAAGGUCCUGCACGACGAAAAGGAUCAGAUAUGUGCAAUUUUGCAGAAGUUAAAGGCAGAACUACACACUGCCGAUAAUGAGGUCGCGACGGAUGGCGAGUCGGAAGGAUGCCCGUAUGAGCAAUUAACGUCGACCGGAAGACACGAGUGUUCUCUCCAUCCGGAAUUAAAUGCAGAAAAUGGUCGUAGCCAUAGGAGAGGCUGUAUUCCGAAGAUGCGAAAACGACUUAAUAUGCUCAUCCCGAAACGGUUUAGGAAGAAGUAA